GACCUGAGGACUGAGGUUUCACCUGUGGAUCCUCACGCGCCAGUAGAACCAUUAUGGGGGUCUCCGCGUCCAGCCUGCUGGAUGGAGCCAAGUCCGACUACGUCAGAGGCGAGGCCGAGGCCGAGCUGAAGAGGUUCAGCCCGUACUACAGGAAACAGUUCUCCGUGGCUCGGUUCUCCCAGGUGGAGGACGAGCUGGAGCCGAACAAGGAGAAGAUCACACAGCUGCUCAAACAGAAGGGGCCUCCAGAGGAGGGAGAAGUGCUGUACGAGGAGAACGUCCUUUAUUUUGACGACUCCAGGAAGUGGAAGGAGCGGUACGUGGUGGUGAGAGCCAACUACUGCCUGGAGUGUCACGACAGCCUGGAGACGUUCGUUAAAGGAGUUCCCCCCCGUGACAAACUGCUGCCUACAGGGGGCACCGUUCUGACCACGGAGGAGGCCUACAUGGCCUUGGUGGACCGCUGCUUUCCUGACGACAGCAAUGUGAAGGAGGACUUCGCUCCGCCCUUUUCAGGGAUGCCGGGUCAAUUCCCAGUUUACCUGCGCCUGCCCUACCGGAGGGACUCGUACUUCUGCUUCAGGCAGCAGGUCAAGCAGGCCACCUUCAUCUCCUUCCUGUCGGACUGCAUCCGGCACCAGAACCACGACUUCCUGAAGAAGAAGACGUGUGAGGUCCAGGCCUUCCUCAAAGCCAUCCAGCUCUACCGGCAGGACCAGGGCAAGUACGAGGUGUGGGACAUGCUGAUCGGGAGCGACGUCAGGGUGAUGGCCAACCUGGUGAUGGAGAAGCUGCUGCCGUCUCUGGAGAAAGACCUGCUGCCUCGACUCAAAGCCAAGAAGUCGGAGAGGAAGAGGAUCUGGUUCACCACGGUGGAGGACGCGUACAUUCAGGUCCAGGAGCAACUUUUGGAAGGACUGUCUGUGCUGAAGAAGGACUGCAGGACAUUGGUCCGGCAGCAGGAGGUUCUGAUGCACACUGACAUGGACCAGAUCCUGAACACCAGGCGGCAGCUGGAGGAGAAGAUCCGAGCCAAAGUUUCAGAGCCUGCAGAGAAGCUCUGCUCCGAGUCCGUUCAGCCGUACCUGGGCUCGGUUCUGGAGGAGAUGAUGGAACCCAUCAGCUCCGGUUUCCUGGAGGGUCGGCAGCUGAGCGAAACGAAGAUGAACCAGGCGUGUCAGGAGGUUCUGCAGGGCGCCACCAACGAGCGGCUGAAGGAGGUUCUGGCUGAGAUGGCGAGACCGAACCUGCUGAGCUGCUACCAGAAGAUCGGCUCCCUGCAGGAGAAGCUGAAGCUUCUGCAGGAGAGGUUCAGCUUCUCCAACAUGAGCGGAGUGAUGCACAGCGCUCAGCUCGACCUGCAGCAGCUGAUCGAGAACGCAGCGCACACGUUCGAGCUGCUGCUCUUUAAAGCCGUGGAGGAAAACCCUGAAAACGCCGCCGCCGCCACAGAGAAGACCAAACAUCGAGUGCUGAAGCAAUACGACUACGACAGCAGCACGGUGAGGAAGAGGAUCUUCCAGGACGCCCUGGUCUCCGUCACGCUGCCCUUCAUCAAGAAGAACCUGGCUGCGACCCGCACAGCGGAGCUUCAGGGUCUCGAGCAGAUGAUUUACUCCGACCACUCCAACUUCAUCCACGUUGAGAACGUUUAUGAGAACAUCCUCCUGGAGAUCCUGGACCAGGAGGUUUCUAAAGUGGUGAAGGAAGCAGCCAGCCUCCACAAACACAACCUGUUCACCGACAGCAGCCGCUCCAGCCUCUCCUCCCCGCCCAGCAGCCCCGCCCCCAUGCUGGCCUCCCCCGUCAAAAGCACCUACGAGGCCCUGCCCCCGUCUCCUCUGGCGGUCAACGGUCUGCCGCCCGGCCUCCGGAGGGCGCAGGAGCAGGAGGAGGCGCAGAGCAAAGCCUCGUCAGACACGUCUGUGGUGGAGACGCUGCUGGGGAGGGCCAAACAGAAGGAGGAGGGGGCCAAGGCUUGUCCGGAGGCAGAGGAGCCAGAGACCAAAGCUGCAGAAACGGUGAAGGAAGAGGCGGGCAUCAGUGGAGAACCGGAGUCCAAACAUCCCGCAGAGACAGAAACCCAAAGAGCUGAGACGCCAGACCCAGCAGCUGCCGGGACCGUGACCCCCCCACAGGAAGUGGUUCCUGCAGAAACUCCUACAAACCAUCGACAAGAAGCAGAAACCACUUCGCCACACACUCCACCCCCCGAUGGAGCGAGUAUAAGACCAACAGAGGAACCUGUAAAGUCUGCAGGAGAGGACCCCCAGCACGAGGAAACACCGCAGAGCUCAGAGGUCCGGUUUGAAGCACCUCCUGGUGGGGAGGAGGUCACAGCUGUCUGCAUCCAGCUGAGGGAGGAAGGAGGAUCCAUCACGGCUUCGGACCCCAAUUCUCUGGACGUCUCUGUGGACAGUGACUCCCCCCUGUCGGAUCUGGAGUCUGUCUCCACCACCUCCGAUGUCUUGGAGGUCGCUCACCCCCCCGAGAGCUCAGAGGAGACCGGCGAGGAUAAAACUGUAGGAGAGCCGACCGUGGUCCAGACGGAGGCUGCGAGCAGCGCCGGACCCUGCGCCGAUGGGAAAACAGAGACUUUGGCUUCGGCGGCCGAGCCUUCAGCGUCUCCGACCUCUGAACCUGAAAAAGAGGCCACGCCUCCCCGCCCUAAGAUCCCGCCUCCAGACUGCGUCAAGGCGAUCCGGGACCUGGUGGUGGAGGUGAUUGAGGUGGAGCAGCCGGUGCAUCGUUACCCACAAGAAGAAUGAGAGGAGGAGGUUCUGCUGCUUUGACCACCAGAACCGCAGAAACGCUUCGGAGAACCUUCUGAAGUGAACGU